CACUUUGGAUGGGUUAAAUGCAGAGAACAAAUUCUGAGUAUGGGUCACCGUACUUAGCCGUAUGUCACGUCACGUCAGUUUGUACAGCCCUUUCAACCAUUCCAUUUGAUUGAGCAUGGUAGGGGCUUGUUGUUUUAUGAUGAAACUCCCAUUCUUUAGAGAAAAUGCGAAAUUCUUGUGAAGCAAAUUGCGGUCCAUUGUCAGAAAUUGGUACCUCAGGAAUCCCAUACCUUGCAAACUGAGACUUCAGCAACUUGAUGACAGCCAAAUUUCUGGUGUCAUUCUGAAGCAUAUCAACUUCAAUGAACUUUGAGAAGUAGUUCACAAUGAUCAAAUACUGUACUCUUUUUUAUUAUAAGUGAACAAAUCAACUCCAAUCUUUUACCAUGGCCUAUCUGGCACACUAUGAAGAUGUAGUGGCUCUUUAGUCUGGAACCUUCUAUGUGCACAGCAUAUUUCACAAUAACUCACCAUGACUUCAAUACUCUUAGACAUUCCAGGCCAAAUACUCUUAGACAUUCCAGAGUACAUCUCUUGCUCGUCUUCUACAACUUUCCAUGCCUAAAUGACUUUCAUGAAUCUGAUGUAACAUAUCAGCUCAUAGGGGUGCUGUAUCAUAGCUGCCCCUGCACUCUGACCCCAACCUCCUCAGUUAGGGUAUGUGAAGAAAAGAAUUCCACUGUGCUGUAUUGUAUAUGUGGCGAUAAUAAAGGCUUCUAUCUUGUAUCAAUUAAGUAACUUUAGAUUUGAUAAAUGGGGCAAUUCUUUAAAAUAACUAUUUACAUCAACUAAAACAAACUUGUUACUUGAGUGAAGCAUGACGGGGGUAUGAUUUCAGAACCGACUGGUAAGGAUUCGCCCUGUUUAAAUCAUUCGGGACAGAAUUGCUGCAUCUUUGAGUGGGUGUAUUUGUGCUUUUGACACCAUCGGAAGCUGCAGAUGAACUCGACUCAUCCAUUUCUCCGACCUCAUUGCCGAAAAUAGAUGAGGAGGUGGUAGCUGUGUCCUGGACAGCUAAAGUGGUUUUCUUUUGUCCUUUCGGAACAAGAUGUCUGUACAUGUUGUAUUUUAUAAGGCUGCAUAUAGUGUGUUAAUCAAGUUCACUAACAGUUCUAAUAAAGUUACUGUGACUGUUGUUUAUUGCUUUAUAAGCACAUCCGUUUACCUCAAAGGUUGUGUGAAGGUGAAUAAAUGAGCCAAGUCUGUCUGUCUGUCUAGGAGGGGAAAAAUGGGGAUUGGGCAGAAAUUGGAAUAUCACACCAUUUUUGUGAUUGGCUGUUAUAUGGUGUGGGGCCAGAUGAGCCAACCCUCUGUGGCCCAUGUGGAGCCAGGCCUGCUAUAAAGGGAGGUCUUUUCUGACUGUUCAGCUUGCAGUUUGCAUGCGGAGAAUUUCUCAGUUAUUAUCCCAGGUCCAGUUCCUCAGAAGUCUCAUAUGAAACUGUGAUCUAAAGGUAUCUGCUUCGUGCUGCACACAAAAGGAGUUUGAGAAACGUUUGGAAACGUUCAUUUGAAUCUGUAACUCUUAUAGGACUUUCUGAAACACCAUGAAGUGGCUUUUAAUUCCUGGCAUCACUGUGAUGGUUUACCGGCUGAUGCAGAAGUGCCAAGGCUGCUUCGUCAAAAAAUCAAAGGUGAAUGAAGCCCUGACCCUCCCGUGUAACUGCUCAGGAAACUGUCCAGUGGUUCGGUGGAUCCGCUUCAUUCCUGACAAAGUUGUCGUUGUUCAGAGCUGGAAGUGUUCAAAACAAGAGAAUUUUAAAGAAAGAUUUACACUACCAGGAGAUACAAGCAGAGGAGAUUUCUCCCUGAUGAUCAGUUCAGUAACCUACAAUGAUGCAAGCUCUUACAUGUGCAGCUGUAAUAAAAAAUUAUUGACUGAAGUAAAGCUGAAAGUUAUCAUUCCGACAGUUGUAAAGGCUUUCGAGGGGAAGAACGUCACUCUCCCGUGUUACGGAGACACUCGACAAGUCGUUAAAGAUGUAAAGUGGAAGAAAGAUGGACACGAGGUCCUGCUGUACACUCCUGCAAACAGAUGGAUGACUAAACAAAACAGAUUCACGAUGUCAGUAGAAGGCUUUCUAGACGGUGAUCUCUCUCUUUACAUCAGUCCAGUUCACCUGUCUGAUACAGGAUUAUAUCAGUGUCUCAUCCACGAUGAAUCUCAGGACGGAGAACCACGAGCUGUGUUACUGAAGGUAGAAGGGAAACAACAAUUCACAACCACCAACAGCGCCCCAGUUUCAGAAUGGUUUGUACGGCUAGGAUUGUUUAUCUCUGUAGUGAUCAACAUCAUCGUCCUGAUCAUUUACAUUAUGAGAAAAUACAGAGACUGAACCAGAUUUAAUCCAAGACUGCAGGAUCUUUAGCUUUCCUGUACAUCACUGUAUUGUCCUAUGUGUUCCUUUUAUUCUGUGUGUUUAUUGUUCUGUUCUCAUCUCACACUGUUGUGUAUUUGCAUUUCUUAUGUACUGUAAUAGAUAGAUAGAUAGAUAGAUAGAUAGAUAGAUAGAUAGAUAGAUAGAUAGAUAGAUAGAUAGAUAGAUAGAUAGAUAGAUAGAUAGAUAGAUUUUAUUGUCAUUUCACAGGUACAUAGCAAAAGAAUGCUGUGUGCAAUACUAGUACAAAUAGUAGAAUUGUUGAAUUUGAUACUGGAGACAUGGCAUCUUGUUAUAUUGUUUACAAGGUAUAAAGAAAAAUGAAAAUAAACCAAACUUGACUUGAGGUGAUAUGUUUUAUUUGUGUUCAACAAUUUGAUUAUCUAUGUAAUUAUAUAAUGAUUUAUUUUGUAAAGAAUAUUCUUUUUUCUCUCAAACCUAAUACUUUAAAACAUGUAUUUAAAAAAAUAAUCUCAAGUUAAAACAAGCUCAUGUAUUUUUACAAAACCCUUAAAUAAAUUACACAUCUUUAAAGUUUC